GGCAAGUAGCCUGACCAGACGCCGUGCGUAGCACGGCGUCUGACCUCCUCCCAUACCGCCAGUACAGUGAACGGCCAAUUCUAGAAUUUCUACAUUUAAAAAAAAACAUUUUAAAUUAACGCAAUUAAUUAUUUUGGAACUAUACUCACAUUUGGCUAUGCCACGUUGCUGUGCGCAUCCAUUGUCAUCUUUCUUGAUAUCUGAUAGUGAGGUUUUACUGAUUUAAUGCAACAAAUUAACCUAAAACUUGGUCCUUGGUGAUCGCACUAAAAUUCCAAAAUAGUAGCUUCACGAAACAUACGUAUUGCGCAUGCGCAACCGGAAGUGCGAGCACGUGUGCGUUCAAUGUGUUACGGAAAGCUUGUCGUCUGCUGCAGGCUAAAAUGGAGGGAACUAUUUCUUCUUGCAUCAAUUGUAAACAAAAUUUUACACCAAAAAACAAAGGCUUUUAUCGUCAUCAAGUCAAAACAACCACCUCGCCAAGAACAUUCACGGCUAUUUUUAGGAAGCCACCUUCGUUUUAUGAACUGAAUGUUUUUAUUUGUAGACGGUGCUACAGGUUCCUCGUCAGUCAAACAAGGCCAGUACAGAGUAGGAAAAGGACCGCCCGACGGACGCUGCAUCAAGCCGGAUCCCCUGGACAAAGUCCUCAACGAGUACAUGAAGAGUCGGAGGAAUAUGAACAUUCAUCACCUGGACUUUCAACUCCAGCUGCAAAGCGACCCGCGCAUUUUCCGACGCCUGACCUCCAUGCACCAAGACCUAACGGAUCCGUGGAGGAAGCGCAGGACACUCCGCAUGAAUCAUGUCUUCUUGUGCAACAUGACCAUGAUUACACGCCCUCGCGAGAAAUACUGAGGCCAGGUGACGGUGAAUUCGCAGAAGGAGAAAGAUGUAUAUCGUCACCAAAUGAUCAAGUAGAUGCUCACGUGCAGACAAACCUUCCGCCAUCAUCGCCAUCAUCAUCUCUUCUAGACGCAGAACCAUCAAUGAGCAUUGAACUCAACGAUGAGCUUCCGUCUCUCUUUCCUGAAUCUGGUUCGAGACCAACCACUGCAAAGGAGAGGGCUGUAGCGAGUGUCGAAAAUUCGCAAUAUCGCCUCGCAUUCAGACAAUUAUGUGGGAAUUAUCCAGCAGCAAAGAAGGCACUGUUACAGGUCACGCAAGAGAUGAUCCGGGAAGAAGUGAAAGCCAUUAAGCGAUCCGGAAGCGCCUUGAGCCAGCCAGUGACAAUUGGAAAUGUCGCAGAAUUCAGCUGGGAGGAUCUUGUAGAGGACACCGAGAAGAUUAUGCCACUCUCAAUCAGUUGCAUCUCGGCAAUGAUGCCUUCGGUCAAAGGGGCCAAGAGAGGAAGAACAAAAGGAAAGAAAGGCUCUCGGAGGGGACUAUCCGAUAAAGAGGCAAAGGAAAUCAUCGACCGCAGAAUGGGAAUUAUACUAGCCAUGGCAUUAUACACCCACUCGCCACGCAGCUUCCAAUUUGUCCAGGCGACCAUGGGAAUAGAACUGUGGCGCCAAGGAGUGUCCCAGAAAGUCUUCCGGACGCUCAAUCACAGUGGCAUCACCAUGGGAGCAGAGCGCGUCAGGUUCCAUGUCGAUAGAAUGGCGGAAAAUCAUGACCAACAACUUAAAGAGUGGAAGUGUACAAUUGAGGAAGCGCCGAGCAUGACAAUACGUCGGAAGCUAAAGUUCAUUACCGGUCCUCCUACAUUUGGACUCUGUAUUGACAACGUGCAGAAGGGAUGUGAAGCAAAACAUCAAGGCAGAACACAUAGCAACAAAUUCCUCCUUCAGACGAUGUGCUACGCGGCAAGGGACAGGGUGCCAGCUUCUUCGUCAUCCUCGACAGUGAGCGAUGCAGAGGACUUAGACCCGUUUAGCUUCUUGCCCUCACCGGAAGUCUUCAACCGCCAGCGAAUGCGCUUAGUAGAUGUGGUAUCGAACAUCAUGGGGAGGCAUAUGGGCUUUUUAGAGAGCUUAUCUCCUGACCUUCCCAUCACACAAGAACACGCACAAACAGCUGCCAUGGCUAAGAAGUCUGAAAUGGUAACAAUUGGAGUUGUGAACGCCAAUCCUAGUACCACGCAGGGGACAAUUUCAGUCCUGGAGCGCCUCCAGACCUAUGUGCCUGUUACCGAAGGAACACCAACACAGACCCUCGUCAGUGGCGACGGGCUGACAAUCGAACGCAUAUUACACGCCCAGAGAGCGCGAAGUAACGGGGAACGAUGGGAGGACAGACUCGACGCAUUCUUUGCAACACCUCAGGAGUUCCACAAGGAGAUCCUCCUAUUGCAGGACUCGAACAAUGUGUUCUUCAGAGGUCAAAGUAUUUCUGCACGAGGAACACUUGCACAACUGAAAUGCGACUUCAAUCACCAUUCCUUCAAAAAAGACGUGAUGCAAAAUGUUCAGCAUGUCUGGGAUAUGUACGAGUUCGUGACCGAGGCGUACACUCUCCUUUGUGCAUUGAAGUUCUGUGGAACGUCAUCCCUAAACGACAUCCCUGAUAGUUUCCCUGCUAAAGGAACGACAGAGGAACAACUCCAAUGGGUAAAGAGUGUGGCACAACAAGUUGUGGACUACAUAUACCAGGAGCCCGAUAAGUCAUCAGUUCAAGUAGCUGCAGAAGCAUACAAGAAUGAGGCCUCUGAAGGAACAGAUGAUGCACUAGGCUAUUGCCUCUGCAAAUCUGAAAAGAAUGACGACAUGGUGCUGUGUUGCAGUUCAACAUGUCACAAGGCUUGGUUUCACCUUAGUUGUGUUGGGUUGACAGCUGCUCCAGACAAAGAGAAAGACUGGUAUUGCAGCGCCGACUGUGAGAGUGGUCCGAGUUACAUCUACUGUGUGUGCCAGCGGAAAGUCGAUCCAGAGGGCAACACAAACAUGGCGCAGUGCGCAUUGAAAGGAAACUGCAGGGGUCAUGAAUGGUAUCACCACAGAUGCAUUGGUCUUCAGUUGACUGAUCUCUUACCCGAGAAGUGGUAUUGCAGUGAAGAAUGCGCCCUUGAUUCUCAAAACGACGACCAUGUGCUGAACCACAGUAGAGCUCUCGUUCUGGAAGGAUUGCGACAUCUAGCCAGGAGAGCAGCAGUUCGGGCUGGAAAUGGACCAGUCAUGGUUGAAGACUGGAAAAUCGAUCUCAUAACUUUCUGGUCAAAGAGACACCCAAAGUACCUCAUCAAUGCCCACUACUUUUUAGCAUGUAUCGGUGGAUUUGCUCCUUCUGACAUCAGGAACAAUUUGAUCUGGAACAGAGUCAUCAAUGUCACUGGCAAGCCCGGAGGAAACAUAGGGAUGGACCUUGGUACUGAGCACAUUAACAUGGACUACAAGGGUAUGAUCGACUUCGCUCAUGGAAAUGUGACUGAGAAACACGCGCAGAGAUGUGCCAAGAUGUCAGGACCAUUUGGUAGGUACCUGGAUAUCAUGUUCAGUGAUGCCGGGAUCGUCUCCAUGAAGACGCCAACUAGGAAGAAAGCAGAGGAUGUAUACAAACAAGAUGUUGCAUUGUUUGUGGAUGAGAACGAUGGAUUUGGACUGUUUGAAUACUUGCCCUUCAGACAACACAAAGGCUUUGAAGGGUUCGACCAUAAAGAGGUGUUGCGAAAUCCAAAGAACCUUGGUAAAAAGCUGAAAGCACUUUCUACGAGAAUGGAUGCACAGCGUCGCAGUGUUAAAUUGUGCACUGACUCAUAGAAAUGGAUACAUGCUAUGGGUCCCGUAUUACUUAGCACUGUCGCAAACUGAGCAGCAUGACAUCACCUGUACAUUGUCCUUUUCCAUGCCAUGCACGAAGAGCGUGUUCAACACCGAUUUCCGGAUGCAGCGGGAUGAUUGGACAAGGUCCCUCAUGUCUUCAUCAACCCAUCUCUUGUUGACUGAAAAGGGUGGCAGAUACAUAAUGGCUUUUCCGGGUCUUCCAUCCCUCGCGCAUCGGCCUGUUUCUUGCCAAUAGCAGAGGACAUCACUAGGGCAUCCCCAGUGGAUAACCUGAUCAAUGUCGGCGAUGUCGACACCCAAACCGAAUGCUAUUGUUGCUACAACGCAGCGCAGCUUAGAACCUUCGGUGGAAAAGUUACGACAUAUUCGUUCCUGACUCUUUGAGUCCGUUGAUGCGUGGUACAUUUCGAUCAGUCUACUUUCCACACUGCAAGACUGCCCUGGUCCUGGAGCAUGGGCGGACUCGGCGAGGCUUUCGUUGAGCCAUGUGUAGAGUUCAGCAACGUGGUCGAUUUGUCUGAAAGAACAAUACUUAGUGACAUUAUUAAGGAUAUUGAAGCUAAUCCACGUGUGCCUCUUUUAAGAUCCAGUCAACAAUAGUGAAAGUGAUAUAAAUUGUAACUGAACGGAAAACCGUUUAUUGAGCAAAGUAACGAUUAACCGUAACUCCUUAUGAAAUUGACCCCUUAUAAUGUGAACAUAAUUCUUUAUAUUGCAAAACGUUAAACGUAAGAAUGAACGCAUCGCUGUCAUAAAGAUUCGCCUAAAGUUUUGACAUACUAGUUAAUUGAAAAUGAAAACCUUCAUAAAACUUAAUUCCGUAAGAAAAAUGAAAAUUGCGUUUUAAAAUUUAUUUACCGUGCAUAAAUGAUGGUUUUUGCAGCAUCGACACCCUUCUCCUUUAAUUCAUCCAAGUACCAUCCAAUGGCUUCAAACUUGUCCUUCACCGGAACCACUGAUAGAUGAAUGUUUGGUCUGUGGAUAGAACAAUUAAAGGUACAUGAACUCAGUCAUAUCCACAGAGCUAUUCAUAUAUUCCUUAAAAGUCUCCUUACACACAAGAUUUCAUUAAAUGUCCGUAUGUAGCCUAAUAGUUUAUGACAUUAUGACUCUCUGCUGUAGACAAUUAAUGUGCCUCAACUGAUAACGAGUAUUACACAGGUUUCUGUCCGAUUUAAAGUUCUGUCAAUUCCCUUAUGAUUCAUUUAUGAUAUUCAAAAGGGCCUAUCCGAGUAAUUAUGAAACCCUGGACCCUGUGGUAUAAAAGCUGAUAUCAAACCCAAUUCAGCAACUCAAACAUAAGUCUCGAAAUUCGCGAUUUUGAUUGGCUAAUACCCUGAUACCGGACUCAUGUUUGAAUUCCUAACAAACAAAACAAAAUAUAAC